AUGGUUGGUCAGCCAGGACCUAAAGGAUUACGAGGUGCGCCUGGCCCAGCAGGACAGCCUGGAAACAAAGGUUCAGAGGGGCAAACUGGCAAGGCUGGCUCACAGGGCUUACCUGGAAAUCCCGGAACUCCUGGUGUUGCUGGUGCUCAGGGAGGAAUUGGUCCAGAAGGAGAAGAAGGGCUGCCAGGGAAAGACGCAGAGUACUGUCCCUGUCCAGCAAGGCGUGCAGUUAUCCGAACUCGUGGGAGAAAGGAAGAUUCGGUAACGACCAAACCUGAUCGAUACGACCAGAUUGCAGGCAACGAGGAAAGUACUUACAAACGCAAACGUUCCAGCAAUUGA